CCUGCUCUUUUGGUUACAAUUUGCAUGGAAUACUUCUCAACCCCUUCACUUUCAGCCUAUGUGUGUUGGGCUAAAUCUAAGGUGAAAUAUUAGAUUAUUUCAAGAGUUGGAGCUGAAUCUAAUAUUAAAUAAUGGCAACAGGUGACGUAAAAAGAAGCUUACGGAACCUAGAACAAGUGCUUCGCUUGCUAAAUUAUCCUAAAGAGGUGGAUUGCGCAGGUUUGAUAAAGGGAGAUACAGCAGCAUCUUUGCCCAUCAUCAGCUAUUCUCUUACCUCAUAUUCACCUUAUGUAACAGAACUUCUGAUGGAAUCCAAUAUAGAACUCAUAGGAAAGAAUGACUUACGCUUUAUAGAUGGUGUCUAUAAGCUUCUUCGUGAUCAAUUUCAUUAUAAACCAAUUUUGACGAAAAAGCAAUUUAUCCAAUGUGGGUUUGCAGAAUGGAAAAUACAGAUUGUUUGUGAUGUUUUGAAUUGUGUGAUGAAAAAGCACAAGGAAUUAAGUAGUCAUGAGAAGACCCCAUCACAGCAAAGAAAGAAGAUCAGCUGUGGUAAGUCAGAACCUUCUUCGAACAAUGAGAAAAUAUCUGCAGAGGCUGUUGGCAUUGACAUCACUGGCAGGUUUAUGACUUCAGGAAAGAAGAAAGCUGUGGUGAUCCGUCACCUGUAUAAUGAAGAUAGUGUUGACAUUCCUGAAGAUACAUUAAGUACAGUAACAGAUGUUAAUGAAGCAUUUGAGGUGUCUGUCUUAAAGGAUACUGAAGUAAAGAUUUCUGAAGCCAGUGUCCCUGAAAUCAAGGCUGAGCAACAAGAUAUAAGAGUUAAUCCUGAGAUUACUGAACUACAGACUAUGCUUGCUGAAUGCCAAGAAAAGCUUAAUAAGAUGACUUGGAUAGAGAAAAGGUUAGACUCUUUGGAAGAAAAAAUGAAAGGAAAAGUGAUGGUAGAUGAAAAGACGUGGACUAAUCUUCUAAGUCGUGUCACUCUUCUUGAAACAGAAAUGCUUUUGUCUAAAAAGAAUGAUGAAUAUAUAGAGUUUAAUGAAAUGAGUGAAGACUGUGCUUCUAGUAGUGACAUGGAUCUUCUGAAUCCUGAUAGAAAAAGCAAAAUGGAGAGGCCAGCAAGUAUUCCUCCAUCCUCUGGUUAUAGUACAGCAUCAUCAGAUUCAACUCCCAGAACCUCUACUAUUAAUUACUGUGGUUUGAAAGAGAUUUCACAGGAAACAACAAUCCAGAAAAUGGAAAGGAUGAAAAAAAUGUUUGAAGAAACUGCAGAAUUACUGAAAUGUCCAAGUCACUAACUGUAGAAUUUUCUGCAUGAACUUCUCUAGGAAUUUGACUACUGUACAUGUUGUAUAUAAGAAUUCUUCAUACAUUUUUAAUAUACUGCAAUAUUUUUAUUAAUAGUUUGAGUUCCAUUGGUAUAUGAGUUUUUCAUUCAUUAUUGAAUAAAUACUUUAAUAUAUUUGAGCUACGAUUACACUGCUUUACUCUAUUUCACUUUUCUUAGGAAAAACUUAUGUUCCAGCACAUUUCUUUUACAGAGUGAAGUCAUUACAACACUGUAUUUUUGUGUUGACAUUUGUUGGCAGUGUGCUAAGUAAUAUGUUUUUUAAAGUACAGGCUUGAGGACCGUGGUUUACACAUCCUGUUGGAAAUACUCCAACUGGGACUUGCAUAUUGUACCCAGGAGGCUCUCGAAUAUACCAUCUUGCCAUCUGUACUGACGAAUAAGUUGUAAUGGAAAGUUAAAAAUGCUCAUUGAAAAUAAAAUAAAACAAAAAUACA